GAUAAAGAUGCCAAAAUCAGCUUCCUUCAGAAGGCAAUUGACGCUGUUGUAUUGGUAACAGGAGAGCCACUGUCAGUAAAACCAGCGCGUGUGGUGGCUGGACACGAACCUGAAAAAACCAAUGAAUUUCUUCAAGCAAUUGGGAAGUGUUGCUUAAAUAAACUGUCCAGUGAUGUUGCUGUAAAAAGGAUCUUAGCUGGGCAAACAGCUGAUGCUAAAGGGAAACCGCCAUCCUCUAAAUCUCGAGAUAAAGCAAGCAGAGAAUCCAAAAUAGAAGAACAAAAAAGCCAUAGAGAUAAAGAGGGUACAGGAGACACUGAAAUUAAAGACAGAAGCUCAAGCAGAGACAGAAAACCCAAAGGAGAUUUGGAAGAGAAAAAAAAGGAAAGUGAUAAACAGAAGAAUAAUGAAGACAAAGAGCCUGAAAAAGACACCUUUAAGAAAGGACAAAAACAAGAAAGGGAGAGAAACAAAAGCAGAACAACCAAGCAAGGAAGAGAAACAGAAAAAAUCAAGGGAAAAGGAGACAUAGAACAAGAAGAUGAUCUCGAGCGUGAUAAAGGACAGGAAAGAGAGAAAAAAAAUGAAGGAGGAAGAGAAAAGGACAGACUGAAAGGAAGAGACAAAGAUAAGGCUAGGGACAGAGAACGAGACAAAGAUAGAGAUAGAGGAAAAGAUCGGGAAAGGGAUAGACAAAGGGACAGAGAAAAAGAUGGGGAGCAUUUGAGAGAACAUGGAAAGGAUAAAGCAGAGAAAAAGUCCGCAGAUUCUGAGGAAUCCACGCUUAGAAAAAUGCAGAGGACCACUAAAGACAGCAAGCACCAGCCAGAUAAUGAGAGUGAAAGUCCUGCAGGAAUAUCAAGGCAGCCUUCAACAAAAGGAUCAAGGCAACGUGCCAGACCUGGAGGAGAAGGAGCCGUGGAAACGAAGAGCAUGGCAGAUAGGAUUUCAGAGGACAAUGCUGCUAAACUGCAAGAGAAAGCUGAACCAGGACUUGCAGUAAAACAGAAAGAAGGAGAAGCAGAGAAUGUGGCUCCUGAAAAGCCUGCAGUAUCUGAAAAUGGUGAAGUACCCAAUGGUCUUCCACCUCAGCCUAUCCAAAGACACAUUCCCCGUCCUAGCAGUGCAAGACCAGCACCGCCCCGAGUAAAACGUCAAGAAAGUGCAGAGGUCUUACUCCCAGAAAGGAGUGGUAGUGGUAAAACAGUCUCAAAUGUGAUCAUAGACCAGCAGAUUUCUGAUGAUGAUGAUCAGUUUGUGGUGGAGGCAGCACUGCCACUGCCAGAAAUGCCAGAGAUAGAAACGGAGCCAGAAGGGGAGCUGGCUGAGGAUGAAAAGCAUGGUGCGCUUGUAAAAAGAAUCCUAGAAACAAAGAAAGAUUAUGAGGCAUCACAGAAAUCAUCAAAGAUGACAGAGAGG